CGAGGGCGUGUUAGCGCUGCGACCACCUCCGUCACUGGUUGUGUCGCAGCCGUCGCUCCUCCAACAGCGCAGCAUUCAGUGGUCAGCCCCCAGUUCAACAAAACGUCGGUCACGUUCACUUAUCGAAACCAGCCGCUUGGCCUUGUUUAGACUGCCGAAUCUAGCAGCCUGCCACGACCUACUGACCCAACAUUUGUUGCGCCCGUCGUCCUCCUCACUCUUACGACUCCCGUCUUUCUCGAUUAUCAUCACCGGUGGACUGUUAUUCUCGACGAUUGCCCCGAAACCCCAGCAACAGCCGCCUUAUCGAACGACGUUACCUAAUCCAUACCGCCCGUCAUGUCUUCGAGGAAGAAGGUCCUUCUCAAGGUUAUUAUCUUGGGCGACAGCGGUGUCGGCAAGACCAGUUUGAUGAACCAAUAUGUCAACAAGAAGUUCAGUGCCAGCUACAAGGCCACCAUCGGAGCCGAUUUCUUGACGCGGGAGGUUCUGGUGGACGACCGCCAAGUGACCAUGCAGCUUUGGGACACGGCCGGACAAGAGAGGUUCCAAUCGCUGGGCGUUGCCUUCUACCGUGGUGCCGACUGCUGCGUGCUAGUAUACGAUGUCAACAACUCCAAGAGCUUCGAUGCGCUCGACAGCUGGAGAGACGAGUUCCUUAUCCAAGCAUCUCCGCGAGACCCGGAUAACUUCCCGUUCGUCGUGCUGGGUAACAAGAUCGAUAUGGAAGAGAGCAAGAGGGUGAUUUCGACCAAGAGGGCUAUGACCUUUUGUCAAUCCAAAGGCAACAUUCCGUAUUUCGAGACCAGUGCAAAGGAGGCCAUCAACGUCGAGCAGGCCUUUGAGGUGAUCGCCAGAAAUGCGCUCAUGCAAGAAGAAUCGGAGGAAUUCAGCGGAGACUUCCAGGAUCCCAUCAACAUCCACAUUGAGAACGACCGCGAUGGAUGCGCAUGCUGAGGCGGAUGAGCUCUAACCAGUUUCAAGUCCUCCUUUUUGGGUUUAUGAGGGAGUUUGGUUUUUCAUGUCUUCAUUUGUAUGAUAUCACGCUGGGUAUGACAGGAAUGCGGUUUUGAUGUUGGUCUGAAGAGACGGAAUGCUAAUGACCAGUGAGUUUGGAACAAGAGGGUUGCGCAAGAGUGAUUGUGACUGAUGGGGAGCAAUGAUGGAUAUGCAUUGGUGUAGAUGGGAGCAUGGACAAUGGACAUGGCCAUGGUGCUGGUACGAGAGGUUAAUAAUAUCUUGACUGCCGUCCCUCUCCAAGCCUCUAGAGGUAGUUUAUAGCUGACGAUAAGAUCAUAUCUGGUAAUCAAGAGUCCCGCUUUGAAGGUGGACCUCGUGCGCUCUUCACCCUGCCAUCAACACUGGGUAACAGAUGAUCCAAAGUCAAUACUCUGGGC